UGCAAUGCCCAAACGGGUACGCUUAUCAUCAACCUAGUCGUCUGUGCUACAAGGCAUUCAACGACGCGGCAACCUACAACGGUGCAGUCAGUAGGUGUUCUUCAGACGGGGGAACCCUUGCCAUGCCCCGCGACACUGCAACCAACGACUUCCUCAUCUACCUGAAAAAUGCCGUUGACAUCAACGCUUGGUUCCGUUUUGGACUGACUGAUGACGACCAGGAGGGAGUUUGGAUGUGGGACGAUAACGUUCCUCUGGGCGACUUCAGCGCGUGGGGUCCAGGAGAACCCAGUGGCAGCGGUACCGAGAACUGUGCCGAGUACUUUCCCGAAAGCUGGUCCCAACAGAGCGCAUGGAACGAUGGACCAUGUACCGAUGCCGGCAGAAAAUUCAUCUGUCAAGUGUCUCCAUCAGGCGACUCACAAAAGAUCAUCUUCCCCGGUCCAAGAGGCAUUGAUGACUAUGCCAGGAUGGAGACCACAUUGCCUGCGGACUUAACGAGCUUUACCCUCUGUGUGCACAUGCGCUCCAACAUGGAUUCCAGCAAUGAAAUCAGCCUGGUCAGCUACGCAGUGUCACAACACAAGAACGAGCUUCUCUUGUUUGUUAAUGGUGGAUUUAAAUUAAUCUUACAAAGCGAGAUCCAAAUGGCGGACCCACCCGUUUGGGACGGUGAGUGGCACACCAUAUGUACUACCUGGCGCAGCAGUGAUGGGGCCUGGCAGCUGUAUGCUGACGGCGUGCUGACCGAUUCGGGUUCCGGUUUUAAAGUGGGAGGAAGAGUGCGCACAGGCGGAACAUGGAUCCUCGGUCAGGAACAAGACGAAGUCGGAGGAGGAUUCGAAGCAGACCAGUCAUUCAUCGGAGAACUGUCAGAAGUGAACCUCUGGGACCGCGUGCUGUCUCCAGCAGAAAUAGCAGCGGACUGUGGUUACCAUGGCAACGUGAUUGACUGGGGUACAACUAACACCAGAGUCUUCGGAGAUGCCAGCAAGGCUGGGUAUCAAUGCGGUACGCCCGUGAUCCUUCCUCUAGAAGCUUCCGUUUUGGCACUCCAUUCCUGGAACUACUUGGGAGUAUCUUACGACUACACCACGGGAGUUGCUAUGAUCUGGCAUGAAGGUAUUCCUGUGGCAAAAUCAAACUUCGGGAGGUUGGCGCUAUCAGCGCAGGGCGACUUGAUCGUCGGGAACCUGAACACGAGCUCCGCGUUCGGCGGGAGGGUUUCGUGCCUGCAGGUGUACGGUACUGCCCUGAGUAAGGCGGAGGUGGAGAAGGCACGGGAGACAUGUUACGGAGGUAACGUCGCUGUCGGUAAAACUGCGAACCAGAGCAGUAGUUUUGUGAUGCCUAACCGGGACACCAGCGCAGGGCAGGCCGUGGACGGGUACCUCGGGACUACGGUGGACCCCGGUAACGCCUGCACGCUCACGGCCCAGGACACCGAGCCGUGGUGGGUAGUAAACCUCGGUAACGCAACCUCCGUAGGAACUGUGCGCAUCCUGAAUCGCGGGGACUGCUGUGGAGAAAGAUUGCAGAAUUUCCAGGUGAGAGUUGGCGACUCACAGAACUUCCAACUGAACCAAGCAUGUGGAGCUAUCUACACGGGGACGCCCUCUAGCGGAGAAAGGAUAGAGCUGCAUUGCCGGGAAGGCACAGUUGGACAGUACGUGUCUGUACAAACCAUCAAAACAACGGAACACCUGUCGCUGUGUGAAGUUGAAGUUUUCCCGGAAACAGCUGAAUAG